GAUUGAUUACUAGCCAAAGUUCUCUCUCUAUACGGACACACUGCUCAGCUUCCUUCCUUCUUUCCCUCGCUUCUGUCUGAUUGCUCUUCCUCUUCCUUCCUUCGAGAAGUUGCAUCUCUCUCUCUCUCUCUCUCUCUCUCUCUCUCUCUCUCUAUAGAGAGGGUUUGACUUGGGUAUCAGUGGAGCAGCGGCUGCUGGCAGCUGCUUCUGAGGAGGGAGGAGGAGGAGGAGGAGGAGGAGGAGGAGGAGGAGGAGGAGAAUGGGGAGGGUGGGGGCGUCAAGGUUGAAUUUGAACCCGGCGGAGGUCGGAGUUCUGGUCUCCGACUGGUGGGACGAGGUCAAUGAGUCGAUUCAGUGGCAGGACGGCAUCUUCUAUUCCCUCUGCGGCGCCUACGCCCUCGUCGCCUCCGUCGCUUUGAUACAAUUGAUAAGGAUUGAAUUGAGAGUGCCUGAGUAUGGUUGGACGACGCAGAAGGUUUUUCAUCUCAUGAACUUCGUUGUCAAUGGAGUACGUGCUGUUGUGUUUGGAUUUCAUAAUCAAGACUUCAACUUGCAUCCGAAGGUCUUGACUUUUGUUCUCUUGGAUCUACCUGGUCUACUAUUUUUCUCUACAUACACCCUACUGGUUUUGUUUUGGGCCGAGAUAUAUCAUCAGGCAAGAAGUUUACCAACAGAUAAGCUUAGGACGAUCUAUCUUUCAGUGAAUGGUGGAAUGUACUUUAUACAGGCUUGCAUUUGGAUUUAUUUGUGGAUAGAUGACAACAGAGUGGUGGAACUUAUUGGGAAGAUUUUUAUUGCAGUUAUUUCAAUAAUUGCUGCAUUGGGUUUCCUGGUGUAUGGUGGAAGAUUAUUUUUCAUGCUUAGACGAUUUCCUAUUGAAUCUAAGGGAAGAAGGAAGAAGCUUCAUGAGGUUGGAUCUGUUACAGCCAUAUGCUUCACUUGCUUUCUCAUCAGAUGUUUUGUGGUCCUUCUGUCUGCGUUCGACGAAAAGGACGCAUCCCUCGACGUCCUAGAUCAUCCAAUCUUGAACUUGAUCUAUUAUACGCUCGUUGAGAUUCUUCCUUCCGCUUUAGUUCUCUACAUCCUGCGAAAGCUGCCUCCCAAGCGGAUCUCAGCCCAAUACCAUCCCAUCAGAUAGCAAGUAGGUUCAUUUCUGUUUUCUAGGAUUUAAAUUCUUUUACUCUUAUGGAGAGUGGUUUCACAAGUUGUGCAAUAACGGGAAGCAGCAAAUCAAAGCCGUCUGGAAGAAGAAUAUCCAGAGCCAAGAUGUAUCAUUACCGGUAGGCUCAUGAUGCCGGCAUUAUUUUUUUUUUUCUUAUUUUGCAUUUUGUACAUCACGGUGGAGAUACCUGCAGUUUGUUGAUGGGGAGAUAUCUUCAAUUGAUUACUUCAUUGACUUGAGAUUGGUUUUUCCGGGAUGUCGCUAGAUGCAGCUACUUGGGUAAAAAUGUGGAAUUAGCUAAGUGCCUGUCAUUUUAGUGUUGUAGGCCUCAACAUUGUCAUCUCUCUCCUCAUCCAUUCCAUUCCUCUUUUUUGAACAAUUUUUCAUUGUUCGUAUGAGUUGAUUGAGUAGCUAUUGUAGAAACGGUGUAAUGUGUUCCUGCUUUUUGGACCGGUUCGGUAAGCAUGAGCCAUUGUAAGAUUUAUGAAUCAAUUUCUUUUUUGGCUUCA